AUGCCCCCUCGCCUCGCCUCUUAUCCCAGAAGAGCAGCACUACCUGCGCCUCACCGCCCUCUUACCCUCACCCCCAAAACCGUCGCCGUCGCCGUCGCCGCCGCCAUGCCCGCCCCCUCCACAGUAACACACGCCUACCGGGCCCUCUACAAGGCCGGACUCGCGGCCGUGCAGUACUCGCACCCGGCGCGCUACGCCAUCCGCGACAAGCUGCGAGCGGCAUUCCGCAACCCCCGCCAGCCCCACCAGCUGCUGGGGGAGAGGGAACAGUUCUCGCAGGAGCGGAUCGAUAAUACGGUUGAGUUUCUGCGCACGGCGGCGCGCAGGAAGGGCGUGGAGCAUGAGAUUGUGAGGAAUCUGACGAUGGUGCAUUAUUGGAGGGUCAUGAGGAAGCAGAGCCGUAUCAUCCACGGGUACGAGAGCGCCUACAACAGCUACAAUGAGAACAUCGCACUGCUCAACGAGAGCAUGGGACUGGAGCUACGGUGA